CUUGCUGACUGACUCUCCUUUGCAGCUAAAGGAGCAGAGCCCUCAGAAAGGGGUGACACAGGAAGUGCCAGAGCUAGGAUGUGAACCCGGGUUCUAGACUGGUUUAAAAUCCAGAAUGCCCCUUGGACUAGGCCGGGGAUCGAUCAGAUUAAUAAAUGUUCAGGCUGUCUUGCAAUGGAAGGAUGCCUGGCCACAGAAACAGCCAAAGUGGUGAAGUGGAGAGAAUGUUGCGCCUCAGGAAGAGCUGAGUUUUAAUGUUGCUUCAGAUCCUAGCUGCCGUGUGACCCUGGACAAAUUACUGAACUGCUGUGUGCCUCGGUUUCCCCAUCAGUAAAAUGGAGACACUGAUGGCAUCUGCUUCCCAAGGCUAUUGCAUUCAGGAGCCACAGAUGCGUGUUGAGCAGGGGAAUAAAUGUGAUCAGACCUGUUCCUCCAGAAGAUUUGCUUUGGCUCUAGUUUGAAGGAUGGAUUAGAGAAGGGAAGAGACUGCAGGUAGGGAGACCUACCACAAGGCUUCAGGGAAGAGCUUCAGGUCUAUGACACAAAAUGACCCUCACAGUGAAGAUUCUCAUCCUUAAACAAGAAGACCAAACCAGAGGUUGUGAUGAACAUGCCACUGAAUCAGAUCUCUGUCAUUCCAGCUCGAGAUGCUACCUCUGUCAGGGUCUCCAGGAGUAAGACCAAAGAAAAAGAUAGGGAAGAGCAGAAUGAGAAGACUUUGAGGCAUUCCAUGAGUUGUUCAAGUCAUAUUUCUAAGGCUGGAAGUCCAACAUGCCCAUCAGCUCCCCAUGGCUUCUCUCGCACAUCUGUUACCCCAUCUAACCAAGACAUCUGCAGUUCCAGUGCAGUGUUUUCUGAAUGUUGUCAUCACAGUCCCGUGCAGUCAGCUGUUGUCUUGAAAUCUGCUCUCUGCCAGAGUUCUCUGACACAAGGGGUCACUGUGACAGUGAUCUGUAAAGACACAUUACAGGCCUCAAAGAAAAACUCCUCUGGUCCAGAAUGGAUCCAGGCCUUAAAGCCUCCUAAGAAUACCAAAGCCAGAAGAACUCUCAAGUUCUCCAAGUCCCUCAAUGAUGUGGUCGAGAAGGCCCAGAAUACUAUGGAGAAUUUUGACUGUGUAGAAAGAACUUAUUCUGAAGGAAAAUUAGCACCACCUCAAGACCAGUGCCUCAGGAUGAACAAAUUUCACCAUAAGGAAAAACAGAUUCUCAAUCUGAAGCCUCUUGUUUUUGGCAAUUAUAAACACUCAUAUGUCCCAUCAUUUUCAGCCAAUCAUUCAAGCACCUUUGGAAUAGGAGCCAACCAAGGGAGUUUCACCAUCCCAUCCCUUGAAGAGAAAGCAGAUAAUGAGGCAGCCUUGAAAAGCAAACGAUUGCUCUGUUACCUCUUUUCCUUCUCUCACAGUUCAAGCACCAGCAGUUUGCACAAGUUCCAUGAGCUGGAAAGCUGCUCUGCUGGCUUGCUGGCAGCUAAAUCUUCCAGUGUGUUGGUGGGGAGCACAGGCUUCUGCUCAGAUGAUAUGGGGGAUGAUGAUGUCUUUGAGGACAGUGUAUCCUCCAAGCUGAAAAACAAGGAGAUACGGGCACCACUCUGCUCCACUGAGAAAGAUAGUGACCUGGAUUGCCCUUCUCCCUUCUCUGAAAAGUUUACCCCCUUAUCCCCUGUGUCAACAUCAGGAGACACAUGCAGGAUAUGUCACUGUGAAGGAGAUGAUGAGAAUCCUCUUAUUACACCCUGUCACUGCACAGGAAGUCUUCAUUUUGUCCACCAAGCCUGCCUGCAGCAGUGGAUCAAAAGUUCGGACACACGAUGCUGUGAACUCUGCAAAUACGAGUUCAUAAUGGAGACCAAAUUAAAGCCUUUAAGAAAAUGGGAAAAAUUGCAGAUGACAUCCAGUGAACGGAGGAAGAUUAUGUGCUCUGUAACAUUCCAUGUCAUUGCAAUCACCUGUGUGGUAUGGUCCUUGUAUGUCCUCAUAGACCGGACUGCUGAAGAGAUUAAGCAGGGACAGACAACUGGGAUUCUAGAAUGGCCCUUUUGGACUAAACUGGUAGUCGUGGCCAUAGGCUUCACUGGUGGACUUCUCUUUAUGUACGUACAGUGCAAAGUAUACGUACAAUUAUGGAAGAGACUUAAGGCUUAUAACAGAGUGAUCUAUGUCCAGAACUGUCCAGAAACAAGUAAAAAGAAUAUCUAUGAAAAACCUGCACUAACAGAGCCAAAUUUCGAAAGUAAAGAUGGGCGGCAUGGGGCCUGCCACUCUGACACAAACUCUUCCCAUUACACAGAACCUGAAGACCGUGGAGCAGAAAUCCUUCAAGUCUGACAAGGGAAGUCUUCAAGUCUGAGACUGUUUAUUUUUUUCCCAGACGUUCAUGAAGAGCUGAGAUAACACUGUUUACCACAAACUAUAUACCUUGAAAAAAAUCAGCCAACAGCUUAGACUGGGCAGUUGAAUUUUUUAUUACGUUCUGUUUUUCUAAAUCAUGUUCGACAUAUCUUUUAAUAUGUUAUCAUGGUGGCAUACCUCUUAUGUUGAGUAUCUUAUGGGUGUGCUCUAUGAGAAGGAAUGGGAAAAUGUAGGUGACUGAUGCUACUGAGAGGGAGCCAUUUUGCCGGCUCAUUCAUGGUCAGCCAAGUUGUGAAACCUAAAAGGUGAAUAGAAGGAAAGCAAAAUACAGAAUAUCUAUGAGUGGCCACACCAUGAAGCCGGAAUUGGAUUUUCCAAAGAGUCCUUUCUUUCACUUUAACAUCAGAUACUACCCCCAAGAACACUGGGAAAAAGCCAGCUGUCAUGCAAUGUCUCCAUUACCCAAGGAGAGCCUGAGAGAGAUGCACUGGAAGACUUUCAAUCUGGACUUGGAGCCUCUGCUAAUAUCUGCCAUUAAGAUCUCUCUCAGGUGGUCAGGUUACGAUCAUGCUUUACAUAUAAAGAUGAGUGACUCACAAAGCAAACAGCACUUUUAAAAAUCUUUAUUUUGUAAUAUGUGUGUCCAAUUGGAUUGAAACUUGAAAGAAUGUCUCAUUUCAAAAAUAGUCCUUUCAAUACACUUGGCCCUUUCCUGUAGGCUCUACAGACCUUUUUGCCUUAUGAUAUCUAAAAUGUUUGUGAUUUCCAAUACAUCCCCGCAGAAUCUUUGUGACCAUAAUGGGAACAAACCCUAACAUGGAGCUAUCACAUGAACAAAUUCAUUGAAAUUCAUGGCUGUAAGAUGUUUAUUUGAAAUUUUGAUUCCUAUGGGCUUAAUCUUACUUUUAUCAAGAUUAUAUAUGACAGCUGUACACAUGUACUUUUAGACUAUCCAGUCUUAGCUACAGAAAUAAAAGAUUGUGUGUUGUGACCUUACAGGAGGGCGAGGGAGUGAAUGAUCAGAAGUUGGUUGACUCUCUUUUGAUGCUAACUUGUACUCAAAUUUCUCCAAUUUGUGCUACUGUGAAGAAUGAAUUUGAAUUAAGAAGUAAAUGUUUAUCAUGCCUGUGAAUGUGCAUAUGUGUGUUUUAGCAGGUAAAGCAAUGAAAAAAGCUUCUGAAAGUUGACCUGAUUACUAGGUUUAUGGAAGAGGGAAGUUGGGGACCUCUGUGGGUGUGGCAGAUAAGGUAUUAUGAUGGAGAAGGGAGGAGUCUGGCUUAGUGGCCUCCUAAAGACUAUUUAGCUAACAGCUCUUACCCUGAAAUGGAAAACUGGUGGCAUGAUGUCCGAAUGACUAACCCUAGCACACAUGGACUGAGCUCACACCAGGAAGCCAAUUGUUUUGAAUCAAAUUGACUGGCAAACUGACUAGACCUCAGUUUUGGAAGACAACUUCUGUUGCCUCCAUUGAAGGGACAGAAGACCCAUGAUCAGACAGUACCUUGACCAAAUUGAAUCAAAGAAAACCAUUAAAUAUAUUAUAGCCGAUAGAGCAUCCAGCCUAUUCCUGGUCCUUACCCUCCUUGUAUUUUUAAAAGAGAAAAAAACAUAGCAUGGAAUAAACUUGAUUGCUUAGAAAACUCCAUUUUGAAAUCCAGCUUUUUGGGAAAAAAAAAAAAUUUCUCCUAUAACUCAACUUGAACAGAAUGGCAGACUAGACAGAAAGAUCCCAGAGUACAGCUUACGUCCUUAAAGUACAGCAUAAAAACCAGAUCCCAUCUUCUUUGGACCUUUGAUUGAUGAAGAAAUGGUUUUAUUGCCAUCCAAGAAAGGAGGAAGACAAAGGACUUUCAAAUUCCCAGUGUAAUCCACUGUGUGUGUGAGCUUCCCGGUUUCAGUCACGUUACUCUUUGGAUGCUUUCAGCUUCACAAACCUCCAGCUAAUAUGUCUGACCAGAUUCUUUUCUGGCCUGGCAGUGACUCUCUUGGUCCCUCUCAUUCCUUUUUUGUGAAAGCAGGUGAAACUUCCCUCUCCUGUCCUCUUUCUCUUAUCCCAGGCCAGUCAAAAUCUAUGCUUGUAUAGACUCUGUGUUUAAAAGUGCCCUUACUCCUGCUCCUUCAUCAGGCCUGACCUGUGAACACAGUGAUUCAAAGAUUGUCUGCUCAGGUGUGUUAAAUGAUGGGUCUGCCAGACUUUCAGCCUUUUAAACAACCACCUUUUCCAUAGCCCAGGUGACUUCUUUCUACCACUUCUGACAAUAAACCCUUAGAAAAAAGGGUUAAAAUUGGUGAGACCUGCCUACUCUCUUGUGUUGGCACAUUCUAAAAGAGUUUAACAAAGUUCUUUAUGUUGUGCCCUGUGAACUUUCUUCCUCUUAAGUCCCUUGAGCAAGUACAUAUAAACUUUGGACAAAAAUCAGACAUUCUCUACAGCAAGGCAUUUUAAACUUUAUCCACUCACAGCCCCUUCAGUACUUCAGCCAUAUGGGGUUUGAGAAGCACUGCUCUACAGAGCUGGGUAACCUAGGAAAGUACAGUAUGCUACCUUAAUCCAAGCUUCUCUUAUGUUUGUGACAAAGGGUUUCUUUGUAAAUCUGAUCUUUUAUGUCAGGGCUAGAAUUGGCAUGGACAAGGUGUGGCAAGAUAUCCCAUAUCUUUUCAUAGGCCUAUAACUGUCCUGUGACUUUGAUGUAGGCUCCCCGCCCCCAAAAAGGACUUUGCCUGUGAAAAAAUGCCUCCUACUUAUCCUGCUUCCUUAAUUUUUCCACUGAGAUGAUCAUAAAUUACUGUGGUACUUACAAUCCCUAAUCCCAUUACUGGUCAUUUCUACAGUUUCCACUUGCUUACAGUGUUCUUAAUCCCCCCAAAAGCGAUGCCUCACCAUGACACCAUCUCAUGGAAGCAAAGAUGAAUACUUUCUUAACUUUUCUGGCCAGAAAUGUGUUUUCCUAAUUUUGUUAUAUUGAUUGAUUAGAACUACUGCUCUCUCCUUGCCCUCCUCACCCCACAACAGACACCAGACCUUAGUGGUGAGACUGACACACCAAAUGUAUUUCUAUAAAUGAUCCACAAAACUGGGAUCAACCCGCAGGCAGUAAUAAACCCUUUAAGUUUUUAUUUGGGACAUUCACUGGACUGAGGAGAGCACCAGAGGACCAAGUUCCAUUAAACCAGCCAGAGAGAGCUGUAGUUUGCUUACCAGGCUGCUACAGAAUCCAGGACUGUCUUCAGGUGUGUGCGUUUAGCCUUUUUGUGUGUGUCUACGCCCUGCUAACAGGUCAUAUGUACAUAUAUUAAGCCACUUAAUGCAUUAAAGUCCCUUCAUUACUUAGCAGAAGCCCUUGGCUUUAGAAAAGGUGAAGAGUGAUUGGACAAAAACGGGGGUCACAGUUCCUCCCUGCUAUUGGUCCUGAUCUCUACAUGCCCCAUCCCCAGCUUCCUUGGUUUCUCUCUUAUAGGUGCUCCCAACAGCAACUGUUGAUUGUUUGUUGUCGGCGGCAGAGUCACCAGAGUGUGCAGCCAGUCCCUGCCCCAACUACUAUUCCAUCCCAUGGUGAGAAGACACCUCAUCCUGUCAUCUCGAUGUAUAGUUUCAGAGUUAGGCCCUGCUUUCCAGACUCUAACCACACGAGGUAGCUCAGCCAGGAAGAGUCUCACUUAAUCUUCAUACAUCUCAGGAGUCUUCUGACAUUUUUGGAAUCAGGAUUAGUGGUAGAUGGAGAGGGUCAGGAAAAUCAGAAACAGCCCUCAUUGGAGUCCCGAAUUCUGUUGCCCAGGAAGGUCCAAGAGCAAGUAUGUUUUGUUCUUAUUUAUUUUUUUGUUGAACGGCAUUAUCCCGUGUAGACAAACGUUUGGCAUAAGUCUCCCGUGUGAAUUUAGUUUGAAAUGCUACUACUGCAUCUACAGAGACCAAGGAAGAGCCCAGCCCCCAACAAAAAGUACUCAACUUUCUCUAGGAAAUAAUCGCUCACGUUUUACAGCUGAUCUGAUGUUUAGGUGCAACCUUUGUAGAUACUUGUGUCUUGUUAAUAAAAUCGAAUUUACACUGGCAUGGGUCAUGUAGUUUAUAAAAGACAUUUGACAGUCGCCAAUUUUUUUAGUUCCUUAGGAAAUUUCUAGUAAUUUAAAUGUAUAGUUUUGUAACCUUUUAUGUAUGUUAAUCUUUUCUCAGUGUUACCACUUGGAGAGUUCUUAGUUUCUUAAACUGUAAUUGGUUAUUUGUGCUGUGACACACAGGUUUGUUGACUGCAGCAAUAAAAUAUUUCUAUGAAAA